CCGUGUUUGGCCCAAACAAGUCUUCGUGGUGGCCAUGGCCUUGCUCCGGCUCUGCACAGUGGCUGCAGUUUUAAGUUUAUUUUUAGCAACAGGGUUCUCUGAGGGAUGUGGUAUUGGACGCUGGCAGUGUGAUGAUGGCCAGUGUAUCCCCAGGAAAUGGCGCUGUGACGGAACCGGGGACUGUCUGGACGGCUCAGAUGAAAUGGAUUGCUCUUGCCCACAGGAGGAUUUUGAGUGCACUGAUGCCUCCAUGUGUGUCACCAAGAACGCAGUGUGUGAUGGACGUCCGCAGUGCACAGACGGGUCAGACGAACUCUACUGCAACCAAAGUUCUGGCUGCCUACCUGGAGACUGGAGCUGUAGGAACCGGAUCUGUAUUCCUCAGCAGCUGCGCUGCAACGGGGAGGAUGACUGUGGUGAUGGCUCUGAUGAAGAGGGCUGUGGGCCCUGUGGAGAGCUGAAUGUCCGCUGCCCAAAUGGAACGUGUUUGGCCAUAGAAGAGAGAUGUGAUGGAGUUGCCCAGUGCUCUGAUGGAAGUGAUGAGCCUGUUACGUGUGGUAAAACAUGUGCGCUUAAAAAUGGUGGAUGCAGUCACUCCUGCACGGACCAGCCUUGGGGAGCGUUGUGCUCUUGUCCUAGUGGGAUGAAGCUCUCUUCAAAUGGGGCCAAGUGUGUAGACAUUGACGAGUGUGCUCAACCUUACGGGCCCUGCAUGCACACAUGCGUUAACAAGAAAGGAUCUUUUCAGUGCCGAUGCAACCAAGGUUUCAAACUUCAGAACAAUGUGUGUCAAGCUCAAGGAAAUGCCACCAAGCUUCUUACCACCAUGAAAGGACUGAUUGGAUUGGUCAGUGUGGAGGCCAAAACAUUCAAAACCUUGUUUGCGGUUGACCGUGACCCUGUAGCCUUGGCGUUUGACCUUGCUCAUAAUGUCUUUUACUGGGCUGAUGGGAACGGGAACAUCUAUAUGGUGCAGGAUCAGAAGAAUACCUUGCUUUAUUCAGGACAUGGUGGUAUUAGGAGUCUAGCGUUCGAGUGGCUCCAUGGGCAGCUUUACUGGGCGAAUUCGAAGCUAAAAGGCAUUUACACUGGAGCUCCUGAUGGUAGUGCCUACAGCAAAGUCACGUCCAAAGAUACAGACCCAACAGAUUUGGUCCUUCUCCCAAUGAAAAGUUCUAUGUUUUGGAUUAACCGAGGCCCCAAUGAUGAAGUGACUAUUGAAAAAGCUGGGAUGGAUGGCUCUAUGCGCACAACUCUGGUUAUUGUAACUGCUCAAUCACCAAGAAGUCUUACUUUGGAUGUGGCGGCCCAGCGUUUGUACUGGAUAAGUGAUUUUAAAAUGUCAAUUGAGACUAUUAAAGUGGAUGGCACUGGACGUUACACCUUUCGGGAGUUCUUUAAAGGAAGGAGGGCGCAGAACCUGGCUGUGUUUAAUGUCUGGAUCUACUGGGCUGAUGAGAAACGUCUGUGGCAAGCUCCUCAAAACCAACCUGCCCAGAAGAAUUUUGUUCUUAAAGCAGCAUUGCCAAUCCUGACAGCCUAUCACCAGCAACAGCAGCCUCAAGCUCCUUGUCCAUGUCGAAAGGCACAAUGCCAGCUCUGCUUGCCUUCUCUGGGCAUGCCCAGUGGCUUCAUGUGCUCGUGCCCAAAGGAUCAGCUUCCUGUUGCUGAAGGCUCUUGUCAAAGUCUUAAGCUUGCCUAUGCUCGCUCUACAAAUAUCUACACACUGGAGUAUACAGAAGACGGUCCAGUCAAUUCCCUCCUGUUUUCAGCGAGUGAGGAGGUUGAGGCCUUUGAUGUGGAUUGGAAAAGAGGAUUGGUGGUUUGGACCAAUCUAACAGGACAACUGAAAGUUGGACUGCUAGCAGAAGGUCGCUCAGAAUAUGUUGCGACUCUUAAGCCUGCUUGCGCCAUCAGGAUUGACCAGAGGACUGGAAACGUGUACUGGGUGUCCUGUGAUGCGCUGUCUAUUGGAGCCACUCACAUUAUCCUCCCUGAUCACAGCGUCUCUAAGCAGUUACACCAAGCGGGAGGAGAGAUCGUCGACUUAUUUGUGGACUGGCAGCGAGGUCAGCUGUACUGGCUGGAGGGCCUUCAGAUCAUUAACAUGAAGCUAAGCCUGAUGGGUGGAAAUGCAAAGUCCAUCUACAGCUUUGAGGAGAAGAGUGUGAGCCAACUUGUGCUGGACAGGAAGGCAAACAGCUUCCUCUGGAGCUCUGAAAAUGAACUGCAGGUACUGAGUCUUCUAAAGAAGAGGGCUUAUUCUGCUGGUAAAGAAUGGACUAUUCCGAAUAGGAUUGUAGCUGCAUAUGAGCCGUACAUGGUCACCAUGAUCAAUGAUGUAAUCACACCGUGGAGACGGCAAGAUGGGAUGCGCCUUCAGUCUGUUCCUUUAGGGAGAGGAGUUGUUGGUGUAAUUGUAGCUCUGAGAGAACUGAAUCAAGGUGACUCCUCAUCUCAUUCUCAUGGGCCCUGUAGAAGCCCUUCUGUCGUAUGUAAAGGAACAUCAGUGUGCCUCUCUCAAACCCAGCUGUGUGAUGGGAAGAAAGAUUGUCCUGAUGGGUCAGAUGAGGCCUCCUGUGGUGGAGUCUGCCCAAAUCAAGGUGACUUCCAGUGUAAGGACAAGACUAAGUGUAUUGGGAGCUAUUUGGUGUGUGAUGGACGUUCUCACUGUGCUGAUGGUUCUGAUGAGGUGGGUUGUCCCACUGUUUCUGCACCAACCAGCACUGCAGCUCCUUUGAGGUGCCGUUUCGGCUCGAAGCUCUGUACGGACGGUAGUGAAUGUGUUCUGCUCAGUCACGUGUGUGAUGGAGAGGUGGACUGUAAGGACGGAUCUGAUGAAGAGGGAUGUGAACAGCGGUGUAAAGCACAUCAGUUCCACUGUGCUCAUGGGAGGAUGUGUAUAGAUAAAAAGCUGGUGUGUGACGGGACUCCUCAGUGUCAGGAUCGCUCUGAUGAAAUGGGCUGCUUUACUAAAUCUGAAGGCUGCAGUCACCACUGUGAUGACCGGACGCGCUGUAUUCCAGAAAGCUUCCUGUGUGAUGGAGAGAGAGACUGCACAGACGGCUCUGAUGAAGCGGGAUGUCCUUCUGCCUAUGUAGCAUCAUCAGAUAAAUCAUCUACUGGACCAACCUGUUACCCACCCUCCCUCACAUGUGAGCGUACAUCCCUGUGCAUCAAUCAGUCUCAGCUGUGUGAUGAGAAGUUUGACUGUCCUGAUGGGUUUGAUGAGCUCUUCUGUUUACAUUCGUGUUCACAUCCAGGUCAGUUCCUUUGUAAGAACAAAAGGAAGUGUAUUGAGGAGGCGUUGGUGUGUGACGGACGCUCAGACUGUCCUGAUGGUUCAGAUGAAGUCUCGUGUCCUGCUUGUCCUCUGCACUGUGAUGAUUGGACGGUGUGUCUGAGCAGCCAGCAGUUCUGUGACGACAGAAUGGACUGUAGGGAUGGUGUGGAUGAAAAGAACUGCAAUAACAACCAACCCAAGCCUGUUGGAUCUUCACCUCUGAAGUGUUCCCCUGGAUUCAAACCCUGUAAAGAUGGUAGCGAGUGUGUCCUCUACAGUCAUGUGUGUGAUGGAGAGAAGGACUGUCAGGAUGGGUCAGACGAGGGCGAUUGUGAAAGCAAGUGUAACAAAGACCAGUUUCAGUGUGCCCACGGGAGGAAGUGUAUAGAUAAGAAGCUGGUGUGUGAUGGGACUCCUCAGUGUCAGGAUCGCUCUGAUGAGCUGAGCUGCAUUACUCGAUCAGAACACUGCCACCACCACUGUGACAAUAACACCCGCUGCAUCCCAGAUAACUUCCUGUGUGAUGGAGACGUGGACUGUACUGAUGGCUCUGAUGAAGCAGACUGCACGUCUCUCACAACGGCUGUAUUUCCAUCAUAUAAACCUCAAGCUAAACCAAGCUGUGAAAGUCCCUCCAUCAUGUGUGAGGGAACAUCAGUGUGCGUCAGCCAGUCUCAGCUGUGUGAUGGGAAGUUUGACUGUCCUGAUGGGUUUGAUGAGUUCUUCUGUUUACGAGCAUGCUCACAUCCAGGUCAGUUCCUCUGUAAGAACAAGAGGAAGUGUAUUGAGGAGGCGUUGGUGUGUGACGGACGCUCAGACUGUCCUGAUGGUUCAGAUGAAGUCUCGUGUCCUGCUUGUCCUCUGCACUGUGAUGAUUGGACGGUGUGUCUGAGCAGCCAGCAGUUCUGUGACGACAGAAUGGACUGUAGGGAUGGAGCGGAUGAAAGGAACUGUGACAAAGGCAGCAAAACUGCUACAGGAACCUCUGGCCUGGUGUGUCCCCUGGGCCUCAAACCAUGUCUGGAUGCGAGUGAGUGUAUCCUGCACAGGCAUGUGUGUGAUGGAGAGAAGGACUGCAGGGAUGGGUCAGAUGAGGAGAACUGUGAUCACAGGUGUAAUAAAGGGCAGUUUCAGUGUACAAAUGGGAAGCUGUGUAUAGAUCGGAAGCAGGUGUGUGAUGGGACUGUGCACUGUCCGGAUCACUCGGAUGAGGUGGACUGCUGUAGCCUUCAGUGUGAUAAGAAUCGCUGCAUUCCAGAGAAGCUCCUGUGUGAUGGAGAGAGGGACUGUGUGGAUGGAGCUGAUGAAGCAGACUGCUCAAGAAAUAAUGAAAGUGUGGAAAGUGUGAAACAAUCUUCCAAUGAUGUCUCGACACUCUUAUCAGCUUAUCAGUCUCCUGCUUGUGAACGCCCCUCUGUGCUGUGUGAAGGCACGCAGCUGUGCGUUUCUCAGACUCAGCUCUGUGAUGGGAAGCCUGACUGUCCUGAUGGCUCUGAUGAGAAGUCCUGUAAAGAUACAUGCACACACAUCGGUAACUUCCGGUGUAAGGAUAGUGGAAGGUGCAUUGAGGGGUAUCUGGUCUGUAAUGGACGCUCGGACUGCGUUGAUGGUUCUGAUGAGGUGGGUUGUCCUGCUGUAGCUCCUGAGACUGCAAACAAAACCCCAUUGUGGUGCCGUUUGGGUUCGAGACUCUGUAAGGACGGCAGUGACUGUGUUCUGCUCAGUCAUGUGUGUGAUGGGGAAAGGGACUGUAAGGACGGGUCUGAUGAAGACGGAUGUGACCUUCAGUGUAGUCCAGGCCAGUUUCAAUGCAUUCGUGGAAAAAGGUGCAUCGACAAGAAGCAGGUGUGUGACGGGACUCCUCAGUGUCAGGACGGUUCUGAUGAAUCAGGCUGCUGGAAACCUACCAGGAUCUGUGCCCUGCGCUGCGACCAGAACAGCCGCUGUAUUCCUGAGGUCUUUAUUUGUAAUGGAAAGAAGGAUUGCUGGGACGGUUCUGAUGAAUCUGACUGUGGAAAUUCUGCUGUUCAUCUCCUCUGCAAAAGUCCAUCUGUCCCCUGCCUAGGAAGCACCCAGUGCAUUUCCCAGCUCCAGCUCUGUGAUGGAAGGAAGGACUGUGCGGACGGAUCUGACGAGAGGCCGUGUAUUACAAAGUGCCCUUACAAUGGUGACUACCUGUGUAAGGACAGGCGGAAGUGUGUGGAUGUAAAGCAGGUGUGUGAUGGUCAUUUUCACUGCACUGAUGGAUCUGAUGAGGUGGGAUGUCCCACUGUGGCUGCUGAGACCACCACCCCUGCUGGACCGCUGAAAUGCCGCUUGGGUUUGAAGGCCUGUAAGGAUGGGAGUCAGUGUAUCCUGUACAGUCACGUGUGUGAUGGAGAGGUGGACUGUAAGGACGGAUCUGAUGAAGAGGGGUGUGAUGUUAACUGCAGAACAGGGCAAUUCCAGUGUGCUCAUGGAAAGAAAUGCAUUGAUGCUAAACUGGUGUGUGAUGGGAAGCCACAGUGUCAGGAUCGCUCUGAUGAACUGGGCUGCUUUUCACGAACCAAGAGCUGCAGCCACCACUGUGACAACAGGACCCGCUGUAUCCCUGAAACAUUCCUGUGUGAUGGAGAGACUGACUGUGCAGACGGCAGUGAUGAAGCAGAUUGUGGUUACCCCACCCAAGUCAGCAGCUGUGCUAGCCCCUCUGUGCUGUGUCGAGGAGGGAAACUGUGCGUCUCCAGCUCUCAGGUGUGCGAUGGAAAGCGUGACUGCCCCGACGGCUUUGAUGAAGAGUUGUGUGUGAAGAGAUGUCCAAAGAGUGGUCAGUUCCUCUGCAAGGACAGGAGAAGGUGCAUUGAUGAGUACCAAGUCUGUGAUGGACAUUCUCACUGUGCUGAUGGCUCUGAUGAGGUGGGUUGUCCCACUGUUUCUGCACCAACCAGCACUGCAGCUCCUUUGAGGUGCCGUUUCGGCUCGAAGCUCUGUACGGACGGUAGUGAAUGUGUUCUGCUCAGUCACGUGUGUGAUGGAGAGGUGGACUGUAAGGACGGAUCUGAUGAAGAGGGAUGUGAACGGCUGUGUAAAGCACAUCAGUUCCGCUGUGCUCAUGGGAGGAUGUGUAUAGAUAAAAAUCUGGUGUGUGACGGGACUCCUCAGUGUCAGGAUCGCUCGGAUGAAAUGGGCUGCUUUACUAAAUCUGAAGGCUGCAGUCACCACUGUGAUGACCGGACCCGCUGUAUUCCAGAAAGCUUCCUGUGUGAUGGAGAGAGAGACUGCACAGACGGCUCUGAUGAAGCAGGAUGCUCUUCUGAUACUAAAACCUCUUCAUACAAACCCUCGCCUGAAGUGAACUGUAAAUAUCCAUCUGUAAAAUGUGAAGGGACAUCCCUGUGCAUCAGUCAGUCUCAGAUGUGUGAUGGGAAAGUGGACUGUCCUGAUCAGUCAGAUGAGCGCUUCUGUAUGCAGGCAUGCUCAGAUCCAGGCCAGUUCCUGUGUAAGAACAAGCGAAAGUGUAUUGAGAAGAUGUUUGUGUGUAAUGGGCACUCUGACUGCACAGACGGUUCAGAUGAGCUGCAGUGUGCUCUGUGUCCUCGCCACUGUGAUGAUAGGACAAUGUGUCUGACUAACGAGCAGUUGUGUGAUGGAAACGUAGACUGUAAAGAUGGCUCAGAUGAGAGGAACUGUGCCAGCGGUGGAGGAAUAGCUGCUGGAGCUUCACCCCUGAAGUGCCGGGUAGGCUUCAAAGCAUGCCUGGAUGGAAGCGAGUGCAUACUUUACAGUCACGUGUGUGAUGGAGAGAAGGACUGCAAGGACGGGUCAGAUGAGAAGGACUGCGAACAGCAGUGUAAAAAGGGUAGUUUCCAGUGUGCUCAUGGGAAGAUGUGUAUAGAUAUGAAGCAGGUAUGUGACGGGACUCCACAGUGUCAGGAUCGCUCUGAUGAACUGAACUGCUAUGAAAGAGCUGAGGAUUGCCACCAUUACUGUGACAACAGAACUCGCUGCCUCCCUAAAACCUUCAUCUGUGAUGGAGAGAGAGACUGCUUUGAUGGGACGGAUGAGGUUGGCUGUGCACCAGAACCAUGUUCGAUUGGGAGCUUUCAGUGUUCCAGUGGUCAGUGUGUGUCCACAAAGCUCCGCUGUGAUGGUCAUGCAGACUGCAGAGAUCAUUCUGAUGAGAAGAGCUGUCGCAGACCUCCACACUGCCCCCUGGGGGAUCGAUGUCCUCGCAGCCACGAGUGCCUGCUGAAGGAGUGGCGCUGUGAUGGGCAUAAGGACUGCGCCAACGGGUCUGAUGAAAAGAAUUGCAAGACCCGUUCUGUGCAGUGUGGUGAGUUGCAGUGGUGGUGUACAUCAGGAACACAGUGCGUUCCUACAUCUUGGAGGUGUGAUGGCACAAAGGACUGUAAAGACCAGAGUGAUGAAGCUGGAUGUGGUAAAGCUGAAUGUCCCAGUCACCUGUUUCAGUGUAGGAGUGAGGGGUGUGUGAACCCCGGACUGGUGUGUAAUGGCGUCUCUGACUGUGUGGAUGGCUCAGAUGAGGGUCUGGGUUGUCUCAGCAGUAACUGUUCCAGAUCCCGGAUGCAGCAGUGCGAACAUUACUGUGUCAACACGCCACAAGGAGAAAGGUGUGUGUGCCGGGCAGGGUUUCGCCUCCAGGCUGAUGGUGUAUCCUGUGUAGAUGUAGAUGAGUGUACAGAAAUUAAGCCUUCUGUAUGCAGCCAUAAAUGCCACAACACGCACGGCUCUUAUGCCUGCCAGUGUUCUCCGGGUUUCUUACUGGAGCCGGAUGGCAGCACCUGCAAGAGCCCAGAAGAGCCUCAUCUUUUGGCUGCUGUACAGAAUGAGCUGCUGUUUAAGGAUCUGCGGAGUGGAAACCUCCAACUACUGCUUCCCCCAGGCCAGACCCCCAUCUUCUCCCUGGACUAUGACCUGAUGGAGCAGAAGCUGUUCUGGGUCAGUCUGGAGGAGAAGACCAUCAAAUAUGCUGUCCAUGGAGACAAAGGCAACAUCAAACCACUUAUUAAAGGUGUGAAGUCGGACUCUAUUGCUAUAGACUGGAUUGGGAGGAACUUGUACUGGUUGGAUGGUGCAGCUAAACAGAUCCUGGCUGUGAGACUUGGCAGCAGUGUUGUGAAGCCUCGGAACUACAUAGUGAUCCUGGAUGAAGACCUUGAACAGCCUCGCUCACUGCUGCUGCUGCCCCAGAAAGGGUUGAUGCUGUGGUCAGAGAUUGGCAAUGAGUCGAGGAUUGAGCGUGCUGGCAUGGACGGUUCACAGAGGAAGGUGGUGCUGAACCGUAAUCUCCGCUGGCCUGUUUCCCUGGCUAUAGACAUUGUGACUGAUAGACUAUACUGGACAGAUAUGAAGCUUCAAUGCAUCGGUUCCGCAACACUGGCUGGAGAGGACGUCAGGUUUCUACAGCUGACUGAGACUUCAACCCCGUUCUCUGUGGCUGUGUUUAAUGACAUGGUCUAUUGGUCAGACAAUCGGAGAAGAAUCAUCUAUGGAGCUCAUAAAACCACCGGCAAGAACCGCACUGUUAUUCUCAAAAGACCCGGUCUGCCAUUUGGACUCAAAAUUGUCCACCCACUCAUGCAACCGAAAAUCCCAAACCCCUGUCAGGCUCUGAAAUGCUCUCACAUGUGUCUGCUGACCUCGGGGUCGCAGGCUGUUUGUCGCUGCCCAGAUGGAUUGCUGUUGGCUGAGGACAGAAUCACCUGUAGCUCACUUGAAGAGUCCGCCUCUGACUCGGCCUUCCUGCUGCUGCUGUCUCCUUCAGUGCUCACUCAGAUCUUCACUAAAAAUCUGCGUGCUAAGGUUGAAUUAAAUCAGUGGCCUGAACACCGUGCCAUGGCUCUUCCUGGUAUAAGUGAAGCUACAGGUCUAGACCUGGUCCUCAGAGAUGGCAUGCUGUUUCUGGCCAGCCAGGCCUCUGUGGCUCAGCUUCAGAUGGACGACUCUGGACUCGGGCGUAAGGGCAGUCCACUGCAGCUGUCUGAUGACAGCGUGACCGCUCUGGCUGUGGACUGGAUCACACACAACCUGUACUGGAGCAGCCUGAAGAAGCCCCAGCUCUACGUCUCUUCACCCGACUGGAAAUAUACCGCAGUGGUGAUAAAGGCCAAGCUGCAGGACACCACCUCUAUCACCCUGCAUCCACCUACAGGCAGGCUGUGCUUCACUGCUAUUGAGCUGGGGGGCGCUGGAUCCCUGCCCCAGAUCUUCUGCGCCUUUAUGAAUGGAGAGAAUCGCAUGGUGCUGUGGAAGAAAGCACAGAUGCCCAUGUCACUGACCUUCUCCACCCAGGGAUCAAGUCUUUACUGGGUAGACAUUGCUGCUGCAGUUAUUGCAUCUGUUGACAUUGAUGGCUCCAAUUACAGAGAGUAUAAAACUGGACCACCUUUAAUUGUCUCUUUUGCCCCAAGUGACAAUAUCCUGUUCUGGGUCACCCUCUACAACGGCACAAAUACAGUAUGGUACAGUGAUGGUGUCCAACCCAAGCAGAUGUGGUUUGAGGUGCAGACCAACAUCGUAGCACUAAAGGCGUACAGUGCAAACAGCCAGAAAGGAUCCAACCUCUGUGCUGAGAACAAUGGGGGCUGCAGCCAGCUGUGUCUGGCGAACCCUGGUGGGCGUACAUGCCGCUGUACUCAGGGCUACCUCGUCGUGAGCAAGACCCAAUGUGUGGCCACUCUGGAGUGCCCAGCGGGAAGUAAACCAUGCAGGAAUGGGCAUGAGUGUCUGUCCAGCAGCAAAUUCUGUGAUCACAUCUCCGACUGCCCGGAUGGAUCAGAUGAAGAGGAUUGUGCAUACCUGAACACCUAUCAAGGCUUCAAACACAGACCUCCUCCUCCUCAGCCCUCAUCCUCAGGCUCGCAGGGUGUCUCUGUCCCUCAGGACGACAUAUUGGUCCGAACGCUGAGUGGUCAGUCCUGCGACUCUGAUCUGUGUAACGGCCGAGGGCAGUGUGUGAUACAGGAGGGGGAGCAGAGCUGCAGGUGUGUGCAGGGUUACAGCGGGAUGUUCUGUGAGGUGGGAGGAUCCAGAAGUUCUUCUGUUGUCCUGUCUGUGCUCUUCAUCCUGGGUAUCGUCAUCGUGGCUGCGGUGCUUCUGAGGAUGAGGAGAGAGAAAGCAUUGAGGGGACUGUCUAUUGACAAGGAGACGCUCAUGAAGGACAUGGAAGACCACGAGGAGCCUGAGGAACCUGAAGAACAGGAGUCUAGUCCUCAAAACUUUGUCAAUGAACUCUAUGACCCUGACAAGGAGGAACAAGCUACUGAAUUGGUGGAUUGAAUGAACUGAUUUGCUGCUUCUUAAAUAAAGGAUUUAACCAAAGCAGAAA